AUGCCCCCUCCCCCUGGCGCGCCUCCGCCGCCGAACCUCGUCGAAAUGCCAGUCGCGCCAACACCGACGACGACAACCACGGUCCCAGCAUGCGCAACGGGGUGCUUUGCGCUCGGGAACACGACGGCGUGCGGCGGCUUCAGCUCGCUCCCGUGCCUGUGCCACUCGACCGUCUUUCUCGCCUCGGUGCAACAGUGCUGGAACGCCGUGUGCCUCGGCGACGACUUUCAUCUCGCACGCUCGUAUGCCGAGACGCUGUGCGAAAGUGUCGCCGGGACCCGCCUCACGACCAUCACGAGCGACGGCCUGCCGGCCGUCGCGACAAACUCGUACCUCGCGCCGCUGGUGUACAACCAUGCCGUGUGGGACAUCCAAGCGAUCAUGUCGUCCGUCUGCUCGCUCAUCCUGCUGUUCGCCCUGGCGCUCGGCUUCAUCAGCUGCCGGAACCAGGCGCGUCGCGCCGCACAACAAGCCGCCGCGAGCGCGUGGUCGGGCGUCACGAGCGGAGGCAGCAAGCACGCGACGCACGGGAGCAUGUCGCGUCCCCCCGCGGCGCACUUUACGCAGCACUCGCGCGCGCGCUCGCGCGGCGGCGGCGGCCAGGACGAGAGCUUUGUCGGCAUGGAGAGCUUUUUUCUGCCUUCGCGCCCGUUUGGUGGGCCUCUCCCCGCGCCCGUUGGUAGCGGCUCGACCAAGAAAAAGUUCACCAACCGCAUGACGCAGGAGGAGUGGGAGAUGGCCGAGCGCGACGGCGCCGGGGACGGCGACGACCGCGAGACGGGCGAGAGCUUUGGCGUCGGCGUCGGCCGCAGCAGGCGCGACGUGCAGUGGGAGGACGAGGCGCGCGGGCGCGAGCGCGACGAGCAAGGCAGCGACGACCACGAGACCGACUAUGACGAGCCCCCGCUGUCCGCAGCAAGCAGGUUCACCAACCGCCUCUCGGCGCGCACGCAGGCCGCGGCGGACAGGGCGAGCCUGGCGUCCUCGUCGCUGUCGCACGCGGACGUGUUCGUCGCGCAGCGCGUCAACCCCAGCUCCCCGCGGCCGGGGCACAGUCCCCCGCCGUCCGCGGCGUCAACGGGCACCGGGUUCGACGGCCACUCGCACGGGCACGGCAACGACAGCCUCGGGAUCGCCGCGCGCGACCAGCACCAGCUUACCCUGUGGGACAAUGACAGCGCGCUCGAGAGCGACUUUGCCGCGGGGAACGCUUUCCUCGCUGAGCGGAGGCGCAGCGCGAUCGACAAGGGCAAGGGCAAGGGCCGGGAGUGGGAGUAG